AUUCAGACUUUAAGAAGGAGGAGAGCGAGGGACCCAAUAAUCCGAAGCUUGAAAAUGGUAGAAAACCAUCCACGACAAAUGUGAACUGAACUCACUCAUUCUCCUUAUAUUCUUGACUUUGCCCUCUCUCCAACUCCGCUGCGUUUAACCUUCCUUUUUAUUAGCUUUACUACCCUCCGAAACGUGUUUGAACCCUCAUACAUACUCCAAUUAUAAGCCACCAACACCAACUCAUUCAUUUCAAUAUUCUCUCCCCUCUUCUGGUUUCCAAAAACGAACCAUGAAAUUCAAGUCAAGAAGACCACAACCACGAGCACUAGUAGCAUUCUUUCUCAUUCUGUCCAUCUUCUCACUACCGGCUUCAUCAUCAUCAUCUUCUUCUUCUUCCAUUGAUGACGUGAAAUCAAGCACCAUCAUUCAUCAAUUCAAGGAAGCCCCCGAAUUCUACAACUCCCCAGAAUGCGCCUCCCUCACCGACAACGAGGAAGACAGUAGCGACAGGUACAUAUGUUCGGAGGAAGCGGUACACGUGGCAAUGACGCUGGACACUACAUACAUCCGAGGAUCCAUGGCGGCGAUCCUCUCGGUCCUCCAACACUCCUCGUGCCCGCAGAACACAUUCUUCCACUUCGUCUGCUCCUCGAGCGCGUCCCUCCUACGCGCCGCGAUCUCCCACUCGUUCCCUUACCUGAACUUCCAGCUAUACACCUUCGACGACUCCCAGGUCUCGGGACUCAUCUCAAGCUCAAUCCGCUCCGCACUGGAUUGCCCCUUAAACUACGCGCGCUCCUACUUGGCCAACCUCUUGCCCAUCUGCGUGAGGCGCGUGGUGUACUUGGACUCCGAUCUCAUCCUCGUCGACGACAUUGCCAAGCUGGCAGCAACACCAUUGGGCGAAAACAAGGUCCUGGCUGCCCCCGAAUACUGCAACGCCAAUUUCACCUCGUACUUCACCCCAACGUUCUGGUCCAACCCUUCGCUGUCUCUCACGUUCGCGGAUAGGAGGCCGUGCUACUUCAACACGGGGGUCAUGGUCAUCGAUUUGGAGCGGUGGCGGGAGGGGGAUUACACGACAAAAAUUGAAGAGUGGAUGGAGCUGCAGAAGAGGAUGAGGAUCUAUGACUUGGGUUCCUUGCCGCCGUUUUUGCUUGUCUUUGCUGGGAACAUUGCUUCCGUUGAUCAUAGGUGGAACCAGCACGGCCUCGGUGGGGACAACUUUCGUGGGCUUUGCAGAGAUCUGCACCCUGGUCCUGUUAGUCUCUUGCAUUGGAGUGGGAAAGGUAAACCGUGGGUUCGAUUGGACGCUAAUAGGCCUUGUCCUUUGGAUGCGCUUUGGGCACCUUAUGAUCUAUUGAACACUCCCUUUUCUUUGGAUUCUUGAACAAACUUUCUUCAGAUUGGGAUGAUAGGAUGCAUCCAUAUAAAUAUAUACACAUACAUAUAUAUAGUGUAUACAUUACAAUACAAUACAAUGCAAUUUGAGCUCUCUCUGCUGGCGCUUUCGGAUCGGACGAGGGAACGAAGAUUGAACGUACGGUUCAAUGCAAGGGUGACGAUUUUUUUUUUAAUUUUCAUUCUGUAGAUUCGUACAGAUUUGAAGUGAACACAAGGCAACGCAGAUUCAAACGGGGAGGAAAAGAGAUUCGUGAAUUUUGAAGUGACAGGUAAUUGUACUGUUGUUAUUGUAUCAACUAUCGAAUAACUGUGCAUAGAAAGAGCUUCCAUAUUUUGGAUGCGUGAAUUCCUCGUUUUUAUUUUCAACUUAAUAAAGUUCUGUACAGAGUAUUGAACAUUGAUUGUUCUUCCUUGGAUACUCUUCUUUA